AUGACAACCGAACGCAUUUCUCCAAUACUUUCUCAGACCAUAUCGAAGCCUUAUCAUCGGCGUCAGAAAGCGAAGAAAAACAGUGAUAAUGUUUCUCCAACAAAUCCAACUGACUGGACUAUACGCUUUUGUAUUGUUGGUUCGGCAUGUUCAAAUCAACAGUUAUUAGCUGCACUUGAAGAUCGGUAUGUCUACGAAUGUAUCAAUGACGAACGACAAGCCAUUCGAACACUAGCUGAAACGAAAGCAUUAUUAGCUCAACGUCAAUUACGUAUUUACAUAGUUGAUUCGUUUGACGAUUGUAUCUUUCAAUAUAUCAAAGAAAAUGAAGAUAUUUAUACCAUUAGUUCCGAACUUGUGCUAUCAUGUGCAGAGAGAGAAAUCGAUAUUCCUGUUCCAAGAAGAAAUCGGCCUUUGUAUUGUCAACAUUUAUCAUCAGCUGUAAUAUGCUUUGUGGGAAUUCGCAGAGAUACACAUACGGAAUUCAGUGAUUAUGUUCAUUAUCUUGGUGGAUCGGUUCGAAAGGAUUACAGCGAUCAAGUAACUCAUGUCAUCUCUCAUGCCAAUAUCGGUGAAAAGUAUCUGACUGCUUUUAAUAUGGAACGAAGUGAGAUUUUAACCGAAGACUGGCUAUUACAUUGCUGGAGCCAGCGAGAUAAUCGACAAUUUGAUCCGUUUGAUGCCGAAUUUCUUCGAAUGCAUCGUGCUAAGCCACUGCACAAUCUUAAUUUGUUCUUUUUUGGUUUUAACAAUGAAAAUGAAUUACAACAUCUACAUAGUUUGACUCAAGAGAAUGGUGGAUUUGUCACUAAUGAAAUAAAUGAAGCAACACAUGUCGUCGUUUCGGACACCAAUCUAUUUAUAUCUACCUUUCCAUCUUACACACGGAGACAUCGUCAAUAUACCGUUCAUGUGCAGUGGUUUUGGGAAUGUUUAUGUCUAAUGGGCAAAGCUGAUGAAUCUAUGUAUGCAGUGAAUCUAACGAAUAAUCAAACGACGACAACGACACCAGAUUCAUCGCUGUUGUUACUUUCACCAUCGACACACGGUGAUAGUCCCUUACUGGAUACUUCAUUGAACACGACUGUUAAACGAAAACGUCGUCAUAAACAUUCUUAUAUAGCAGAUCAAAUUGAUAUUACACCGAAUUCCAAACGUUUUAACAAUAGCAUCAAUGAAAAUGACGAGGAAUGUCUUCUAGAAAAGCCACAGCCGAGUAUGAAGAAAGACAACAAACAAUUGAUUGGUAUGGAGUUGCGAGAGACCGAACGAAACUACGUAACCAUGUUAUCCAACAUCAUUCGAAUUUUCAAAAACGAAAUGGAAAAAGAUGAUCGUCGAAACGGUCCUAUUCUCACUAAAGUAGAAAGUACCCAAAUCUUUGGAAAUAUUGAAGAAAUCUAUCAUCUCCAUCUGUCCAUCGCUGAACAACUUGAUCAUGCUAUCAAUGAAGAUGAAUGUAUUGGCUCAGUAUUCUUAGCCAAUUCAAUAGAACUCUUACGUGUUUAUCAACCCUAUACCAAGUUCUAUGAUAAAACGAUCGAAGCGAUUCAUACACUGGAAAAGACCAAUUCCCGAUUUUAUGCAUAUCUCAAAAUUUGUGAACAUAAAUCCGAAUUAGGCAAACAACAUCUAGCUGAUCUGAUGAUUCGACCGAUCCAACGUCUACCCAGUAUUUUGUUAUUAUUAGAACGUUUGCUCAAAUAUACAUCAGUAACGCAUGUGGAUUAUCAGUUGUUGAUCAACUCAUUGGAUAAGUUACGUGAAAUUGCAAAGAAGCUUAACGAAGAACGUGGAAAAACAGAAAAGCAUCUAUCCAUGUUCAAUAUCGUCAAUAGUAUCGAUAACUGUCCACCCGAACUACUGGCGGCACAUCGUGAUUACAUCGAAAAAUUUCAAGUCAUCGAACUUUCACAAGAACUGACAACGACACGAACACAGCUCAUUUUGUUUCUAUUUUCUGAUUGUCUCGAGCUAACUAAACUACGUGUGAAUACAUGGAAAACGCCCGGUAUGAAACCUUCCAAAUCAUACAAACACGUUGCAUUGAUUCCUCUGAGUGAUAUUCGAAGUUUAUACGACAUCACUCCAACGGGAUUAACAUUAGAUGAAACUGAACAAUUUGGAAUACUUUGUUCCAUCGAUGGUCAAACACGUCAACUGAUAUUUCGUAUCAUUAAUGGCAAUACGAGUAGCAAUAGUAGUGCUAGCAAUAAUCAUUCCAAAUCCUUUUUUACUGAUUCAAUGUCAUCCUUAUCAUCAAUAUCAACUGUAUCCAGUUGUACUCGACAUGGAAAUACAAAAAAUGAUGUACUCUAUCAUUUAGCAAAAGCUAUCUCCGAUGAUCGAUGUUUACUCGAUACAUCUUCACUGAUACAUCCAAUCCAUCAUUCGAAUAGUAGUCAUCAUAUGUAUUGUUCUCAAACAUCGUUGGAAUAUUCCGAAAUCGAUUCCAGUUCACGUUCAACAAGUAGUUUGAACUUACUUGGUUUAGCAUUAAAACGUGGGCUACAUAAGGCAAACAAACGAUUAAGUCGAGCUUUUUCAUUCAGUCCAGAGCUUAAUAAAAGUUUGAUAAAAAAAAGUAAUAGUCCGAUAAAUGGCUCACAAGAUGAUCGAUCGACUAGUUUCGAUUCGACUAAACGAAUGAGUGUCUCUUCCCGACAAGAAUCCUUCAUCACCGCUAUUCAUCCUUUAACUUGUUCGCCAUUUAUGCAAUCGAUUCAAGAACACUGA